AUGGUCACUGAUGAUCCUGGCUGUGCACUUCAGAUGAGUUUGUUGUCUCUCUGUAGUUGUAGCUCUGGUUUAGAUCGUGGUCCCUUUGCCAGUUUAGGUCGUCCGACCAACUGCUCUCAGCACAGUUGCCGUGUGCAGAUGUUGGUCUUAGGCAGGAGUCCAUCGCAGUGCUUAGCCUGGACUCUAGCUAGUCUGGCAGCUUGGCUAAGCACAGGAAUGAACACAGCAGUGAUACACAGAGGAUUCCUCAGGAAAUAUGGGGGCUUUAUGUUCAAACAAUGGAAAGAAAAAUUUCUGGUGUUAACGGUAGAAGGAAAUCUCCUGGUCUGUCGAGAUGCAGACUCACCGCCUGACCAGGUGGUGCUGCUGCAGAGCCAUUGUGAAUCCAUAGUGGGUGGAAAAGAGAUCCUGGAUUUGCCCCGCUUACCUCAUGGAGGGCGUAGAGACAGCUGCUUUGCUCUUAUACUCCCCCAAGACAAAUUCCUUCUGUUGCUCUCAGAUGGCCCAGAUGAGUGCAGUCAAUGGCUGAAGUUACUCAGGAAGGUGAAAGAGGGUGUGACUUUGCCACUUGCUCUAAAGACACAGCAGAGCAUCACGCCUUGCAUCACAGACAGAGAGCCACUUACAGACAUCUUCGGUGACAAAGAUCCCUCAUCCCCCCACCUCAAUGACAAGGCCCUGAACUCCCCAUGCAUCCACUCCAGAGAGAAUUCCUUCAGAGGCAGUAUAAGCCAGCAUGCUCCCCACAGCCCUACCAUGGCUCCACUCCUUCACUCUGCAGACUGCCUGCGCCAUGGAAACAGCAGUGAUGCACGGGCUGUAAGGGCAGUCUGUCUAUUGAUGGGUGGAGCAGCAGCUUCCUCAGCGCUCGGCUACUUGAACUCCAGUCCACCUGCCUCCUCAAACAUGGAAGUUCGUACUCCUGAAAUGGCCCAUUCAACAGCUUCCUCUGAGAUGGGGGAAGGCAGUUCAUACCACACCUGCAGCCAAGCCAUAGAGUCACCACAUAUUAACAGCUUUGAUUUUGAAGGAGAUUCUGAUUUUGAUGCUUUUGACUGUGGAGGGUUUGCCUUUUAG